AUGUUUUUCAAAAUUAAGGAGAAUUUCGUUAGUUGCUUUUUUCUGUUGGCAUUGGUUUUUAAUGAUUGUAAGUCGUGUUUUAAAGAAAAUACUACGAGUAACAGCAGUAUCAAAACAUUCGACGGAUUUUACGAAGAUUGUUGUUGUACAGAAGAUGGGUACACUGUCGACGAUUUGCAUUGGUUGGAUCCCAACAAUCACACCAUAGGACCAGCAGGUACAGCAUCGAAUGUAUACAUUGAAAAGCACGAUGGAGACAUAGAACAGCGUAACUGCCUCUCAUUAAUUACUCCAAGUGCAAGCAAAACAGCAUCUGGCACAUAUAGGUGUGUAACGCAAUACAAAGGAGUUUCAUAUUUACAAACACAUCACAUAGAUAUAUACGAUCCCUUAUAUUUUUUUAACAAGUUACCAAGUCAGUAUUUGGUACAGAAUGUAAACUCUAAAGUCUACUGUAAAGCAAGAGGAGCGGCUCCACCCAUCUACCGAUGGUACCGGGAUAAGGAUGGACAAGAAGAGAUAUUUGACGAUUCAGUAAAAUAUCAAUUUGUUGCUGAUGGACUGAUCGUGAAAAACGUUACAAAUGAAGAUGCUGGCAUUUAUAAGUGUACGGCGUCAAUACCAUCGACGGGUGAAGAAGAUGAACUUGAUAUUGAAGUACAGAUAAUGACACCGCCAGUAAUUCAAAAAUUAUUGGCAUCACCAGAAGAUACAGUGAUAGAAGGAGAGUCUCUUAUUAUAGAGUGCAUAGCUGAAGGUUUCCCAAUUCCUAAAUAUAAUUGGCGUAAAGUUCCAAAUAACAAGUUGGGCGAUGAAAAUAAAAAUUCAACAUGGCAGCAAAACAAUAGUAUAAUUCGCUUCCAUAGUGUCAAGUCCGAAGAUGCGGGUGUGUAUCAGUGCAACGCUAACAAUUAUGCAGGGAACACUACUGAAUACAUUGAAAUUAAGGUGUUAGUACCACCUGAAAUUACAUCAUUUCAAAAUAAAACAGCAGAAGAAGGGACAGAUAUAUCCAUAUACUGUACAGCGACUGGUAACCCAACACCAAAUGUUACCAUAACAUAUGCAGGAAGGGGCUAUGAUGAAGAAAAAAAUACAACUUUGGAUCAAUAUAUUGACAAUUACGCGUUGCACAAAGUGGACAGAACUAAAGGAGGCAUCUACAUCUGUAACGCAACUAAUACAGUGGACUCCGUGAUGGAAAUAAUGUACUUGACUGUGUUGCAUAAACCGUACUUUGAUGCAGAAGAAGAAUACGUGUGGGGCUGGGUCGGAGAGACUGUAGAAUUGAACUGUGAGGUUGAGGCAAACCCACCGUCUAACUUUACUUGGAAGUAUGAGAAAAAUGAAGAGGCAAUAGCUGAUGCAACAAAAGUGAUGGAAGAGUUAAAUAGCAUAGAAGUAAAAUCUUCGCAAAAAUAUACAUUUAAUAUAACAAAGGAUUUUGCACCUUAUGGCGAUUUUGAAUGUAUAUCAUUUAAUUAUUUAGGUGAAGGUUAUAAGCUCAUUGAUUUACAAAAAGGAACAGUACCUUCAGUCGUUGUUUACGCCGAUCUAGAAAAUGUUACAGCAACAUCAGCAACAUUUACCAUAGAACCUCCUUUGGAAUACAAAGGACCUGAAGCAUUAGGGAUUAAAGCUGAAUACGACAUCGCUGAAAAUUUUAAUGUAACUGAUAUUCACCGCAACAGAACUUGGGCAAUUGGAAGGCCCUUUAAAUUGGACAAACUCAGACCUAAUUCUACUUACUACGUUAAAUUUGCUGCUAUUAACAGAGUUGGCACUGGACCGUGGGGCAAUAGAACAGAAUUUAAAACUUUGGACAAGUCAGCUCCAGAGCCUCCGAUAUGGCAAGUGGAUUCGGCCGAGUUGCCGCCAAGUAACGUGCUCAAGUGGAAAGCGCCCGAAGAUAACGGCGAACCGAUCGACUACUACGCGCUGCGGUACUGCCCGGUAGCGAAUGAUAGCGAGGAAUCAUUAUGCAAAGAGCAACGCAUUGAGGAGGCAACUGAACAAGAACUGAGUGAUCUUCUGUCCAACACUACUUAUUACUUUGAACUGACUGCACACAAUGCUGUUGGGAAUUCCAGCAUUGCAAAUAUUACACUUAUUAUACCAGCUCCUGAUAUGCUUGUUGCUGAACCACUUUUAUCAAUGGGCGCCAUUAUAGGCAUAUCAAUAGUUUUAGUAUUUCUAUGCCUAAUACUAUUGGAUCUGCUGUUUCUAAUCUGGAGGCGACAAGGCGUUAUCGCCAGUUGUUGCUACAGGAAGAGUAAGAAGAAGCCAAAUCCUUUACACACUCGUGACAAGAAAGGUCUGUUGAAAGACAACAGGGAAAGUACAGACGAAACUUUGAGGAGGCCCAACAAUGGGCACAGAGAGUAUGAAUACAAUAAGACUACCGGCAUUAUUACUGGAAAACAUUCUUCAGUAUAA